UAGCUAUCUUAUGUUUAUGUCGCGGAUUAUAGAAGUCUUGUGUCUGUCAAGGCAAACGUCAUCAUGGGUUUUUGGUGGGCAUGAUUUCAGUGGUGACCUACAGUAGCUCGGGAUGCGCCGCACAAACCGAGUCUGAAAUGCCAGAUGGGAGGGACAGGGACCUUCAGAAGGCACACGGCAUCGUUUCUUGAGGAUUUAUGUAUGUGUUAUCAGAAAUCUAUUGCCCUGGAUCAUAAGGACAUAUUAUAACAGGACUCUCUCUGCCACCGGGAUUGUUGCUGGUGCCGGUGUAAAUGAAAUGCAUGGAAUUAUACCGGCGCACGCAAACUCUACACAGCCAAUUGGGAUUUCUGAUGAACGCGACCUUCUUUAAGGCAGAAUACUGUACCUGAACUUCUCAAGGAGCCUUUCUCGUUUCCCCUUUUUCAUCUGCUUUCAAAACUUCAUGCAUUUAAUGUUGUCUGGGGGGUUUCAUCUUCUCAUGAAACCAUGACAGGAACGACGAUCGCCCUGUUUUUUGAAAAUCUCCUCAGUAAAUUAAAUAUGUUGGAUUCGUGGUGAAAGUUGGGAAUAAUCAUUAAAUAACUGUGAGCAUUGGACGUUGGACCGGUUAUAUCAUAUAACUAUUUCUGACUUUUCUUGGUCAACUCCAACAAUGGGGAUCAAGCUUCGAGUUAUUCUGGGAAUGUUUCAUUUCGUGUCACUUACUAGAAUGCCCACACACUGUGCCAAGACAUCGUCAGAGCACUGGAAGCCGACAGAGAGCCACAGUUCUGGAGAAGUGGUGAGGUGGCUGGAUGUGUAUCAGAGAAGUGGGUGUCACCCCAGAGAGACACUGGUGGACGUUUGGCGGGAGUUUCCGUGGGAGACGCAUCACCUCUACCUGCCAUCAUGUGUAACACUGCGCCGCUGUGGAGGCUGCUGCUCUGACGAGGCACUGGAGUGUGUGCCAUCACAGACACACACACUUGUCAUGGAGCUUAUGAGGACCUCAUAUAUGAAGCAUGAACUUGUACAGCUGCCUUUCACUGAACACAACCAGUGUGAGUGCAGGCUAAAAGCAAAUCUUCAUGCAGAACCAACCAGGCAAGGUCCGCCGACAACAAGAGGCAGAAAGCGACAAAAGGGGAAACCAAAGAGAAAGAAACACAUUGGGAAAAAGAUGAUGACACCAGUGCCAACAACACCCCCUCCUCCUCCCCCUCCCACCCUACCACCAAGCUCCGCCCCUCCACCACCUACCAGAGAGGCGUGUCCGCCGUGCCCCGCCCGCAGGAUGACAUCACAUCCUCCCUCCUGUGAGUGCAGGUGCAGUUUGAGGGAGGUUAGCUGCACAAGGAGAGGCAAGACACUCAACCAGCACAGCUGCCGAUGUGAGACCCAAAGUGAAUAGUGACAAACCUCCCUCAUAAUCCACCUAUCAAACUUUGCCCAGCUUUGAGGAGGUCAAAGGUUUGCUUAUUCUUUUAUCACAGAGUCUUAUGUUGGCAUAUUACCCAGAUAGAGGGUUUGUGUUUGGGAAUAAACCACAAACCCUCCUUCCGGCCCAUCUGGCCCCAUCCCACUCACUAUUACGGCAGUAUUAGAUGCAUAUACACAACUCUGUUUGCACAUUAUAUCCAUAUAUGUACAGAGGGGGAUGUGUUCAGAAUAUCAUCACAUCAUUAUUAAGCUUCAGGAACAGAAAUUGUUGAGUUUUAGAAGCAUCUUGAUGUCGUGAUCCACAACAGUCAAUGCAAGUGUUGUCUCUGCUAUGUUCUGAUGAAACUUCAGCUCAUCUUUAACACUGAAUGAUGGAUGUAAUUGAUGUUAAAGUACAGUCAGUCAAGUGUAUCGCUGGUAAGGCACAUAUUCAGAGCACAGUGGUGAACUUUGGGUUCCUAAACCCAUACAUCAAGAUGGACUGUCAUCUGAAAUGGGAAUUCUGGGAUUUUUGGGCCUUCUGGAACCUAUCUUAAAGCUCAAGUAUGGAUUUGUUUUCAAGGUUAAAGCACUUUCAUCGAUCCUGGCUUAAAAUGCAGAGACAACAAGUCAUACAUUGAUUCCCCAAAAACACAGCAACAUUGGCUCAACUAAUGUCAUGAGUUUUUGGUGGGACCAUCCGUUCAUCCAACCAAUACAACAUGGUGGACUGCUUGGGAAACAUAUUUGAAAACCACCAUCAUUUUGCAAUUUUGUUUGGUGAUGCUAGUACCGCAGGAAUUACACACUUCAGCAAAUGGAUCCAAGUUACUCCACAAAGUCAUGGAAAAGAGAGAUAUGGAUGGAUAAUAAGGAUGGUGUUACCGAAUUGAGGAAGACAUUGCUGAGAACGUUCAAAGGGGAAACAGAGACUAAGGAUGUCUCUAAACCAAACUAUUAAACACUCAAGUUGAGAGUGUUUGAGAGGAUGGAUGUUGAGAGCCCUUCAAUGUUGAGAGAACUCAAGUGUCUCACUACACAAACACAGUAUCUCGAAAACAUCCCUGAUGUCUCGUCUGACCUAUCGCAUGUGCUAACUGGAUGGAUGGGUGAUUAGAUGGACUGACAGCUGUCUGUGUGGUCUCAGUAGUGCAUAAUAAGGAUCUGUGCAUUUAUUCUAAUUUAUUCCUGGCCUCUAAGUCCAUAAUGUGGCUUUGCAGACUGUAUCAAUGAGUCUUUUUGUGUUUGUUUGAUUUGCUUUUUGUUCGACUCCUUCCUUUGAGAAUUGAAAGCUUUUCCCACUGGCUUGCCAGUGAGAUGAAUGCCAAUAGAAACCUGGCGAUAAUCCAUUGGUGCUCACAACUCAAACACACACUUUCUCGCUCUCCCACACACCCAAUCACACUUUUUCAUUAUUCUUUCAUUUUUUUCCUUUUCCCAUUAUUCUUUAUCUUUUUAACCUUUCUAUCUCUUUUAACUCUAUCUCUCUCACAACAUAUACUCCAGUAGACAUAUCUAAACAUCUUUAAAACAAGGUAACCUGAUUAUUAAAACUGCAUAGAUAUUAAGGCUUGCUUUCGGAGACUGAAUUUCAAAGAUCUUGAAUUUAAGAAUUUAAGAUUUUCCCAAUCUAAUGAAAAUUACAUGACUGUGGUAACAGUUUUGCUAAUGGACAUUACGUGGUUCAUUACAAGAAUCGCGGCAGUUCCGAUGUGAAAUGUCCACCGUGUGGUACUAAAAGCGAGUUAAAUUUUCUCCCAAACCGAUGAGUUUUUUAAAUGUAAUGCUCUAUCGAGUUUUAAAUAAACAAAACCGGCCUCCCUACCAUAAACCUUAAACCUAAACCUAACCGAUAGUGUCAUAAAAAGCAAAUGUGAGAUGAAAAACACAAUCGACUCUUCAGAACUCCGGUCUUUUACUCUAGUGUUCAUUUCACCAGGAAAGUGCCGCAAUACGUACAAUGAGCCACACAAAAAAUGAUUUAGUAACAAUGUAGGAAUAGUAAUGUGAUUUUAGAGACCAGGAUGCAGGUUGCCUAAAUAUCUAACGCAGUUUUGCUAAUCAGGUGAAUUCAUUUUGUUUUUAGAAUGUUUCUAUAUUUUUACUAGGAAACAAGAGACAGACGCUCAUCCUCAAUACGAUUUAUUGCAGUUCACACAAACACAAAAAUGCUAGCAUUAUAAAUAUAAGCUUUUCUGUGUUGAUACUGAAAGAUGAAUUUAUUUUUUCUAUCUUAUUCAUGUUUUUGUAUACAAUACUAAUAUUAUUGUAGUCUAUUUUGUUUUAAGAUUGCUUAAAGAAUGCUUCUUUGUGUAUCACUGCUAAUCCAACAUAUAGAAUCAGGCUGGGUGGCCGACCGUAGACAUAUUCACAGUCUAAACUUUGUCUGUGUUGAAUUUGAGCAAAGAAACUGUGCAAGCGCCCAGCAGGCUUUAGAAAAAGGGAAAUACCUAUUUGGUGUGUUUCAUCUUAAUCAUUUCACAGUAUUGGGAGUGUGACAUAUUUAUUUUUUAUAUCGAAGUGCAUUUUAUAUUAUGCAAGACUUUCAAAAACAUUUAUUUUGCUAUGACUGUGAUUAUUUUGAAUACUGUUUUGGCUGGAGGAUAUCUCUAGAAUCGUACAGCUUGAAUGUCAGUCAGAGUUGAGGACCAAGUGUAUCCAUUGAUGUUGUAGGCUGCAAAGGGGAAAGAAUUGCUUCUGUUUUACAACUGUCAUUUAUCCAAAUGCUUCUUUCACCAUAUAUGUAGCAUUAUUGAGUGAAAUAUGAAAAUAUCUAGUAAAUACAUGCAGUAUUGUAAUUAUUAAGAUCCUUAGUAGCCUUUCACCCUCCAAUUCUCAGAAAAUGGUAUCAUCAUUUGGUGUCAUACAGUAUUUCUAAACUACUGACCUGUGCGUGUCUCCAAAUGUGGUUUGUUAAAGUCCACAUGAAACAGCAUUCACAAUUAAUUUUACUUAAAAGUGGGGCGGGACUUAAUUUAAUACAUUGUGAAUUGAUUGGAUUGUGAAAAGUGGGCGUCCCAUACUAGAAUGCAAGUUUACUAAAGUUACUUCUAAAUAUUUUAGCCCUUGUGGUGUAGGUGACGUCAGUGGAAAAGGGAAGUCAUUUCAAAGGUGGGGAAAGUUAUUUCAUUUUGAUAAAAAAAUUCCGAAGAUCUUUUUCUUUGGAAUGAUGUGCCAGGAACAUGUAUAAGGGGGCUGUUCACACAGAAUGUGCUCUUGCAUCCAUCAGCACUGUUUUUUAUAUGUUUGUCUAUGUAAACAUGCACUAGAUAGACAUGUUUGAUCAUUGCGACCAGUCUCGCUGUGCAUCAGAUUUUUAAGACGUCUAGCUCAUGUUCAUGUACACUGUAAUCAACCCCGAACUGCAGAAUUUCUGAAAAGUGACAUUCCUCAUCAGGCGCUACUGAUAGCACUUUGUGCAAGCAACCUCUGAGACAUCGGAUCUAGUCCCAUGAAAACCUGGAUGUAAUCGUGUUUACAUGAACAAUGGUGAGUGCAUUUGAAGAGUUUAGGGUUUGGUUAAGGGUUAGAGUAAAUAAAAUAUAUAUUUCAGGUGACUGUAUUACCUCAUUUACACACAAAAAAAUGACUCACUUUUGGCGCCACCCUGUGGACAUUUCACUUCAACAACACUUCCAGCUUUAGCCACUGGGGGCAGCAAUUCAAAUUUUACGAGUUGGCUAUUUUGUAUAAUUUUUCACGAUUUUAUUUGUAUACAUUUUUACUAUUUCAUCACAUGCAAAUGCAUGGAUUUGUAAUGCGGAAGUAAGCAUGAGUUCUUCAGGACAUGCUUAUUUAUAUCAUGCCCAUACCCAAACCCCUUAACUAAACCUAACCGAUCAGUAGAGUGUGUAAACAUGAUAGGAAGCUGUUGUGUGUAACAGAUACAAGUAAUUGUUGCGUAUUAGACGUAAACGAUGUCCAACGACGCCAUUGGCUGUAGUGAAUGUCGCACAAUAUCAUACGAAUUAGACAAAUUUAGAAAAGUCGCUCCCAUUUCGCUUUGAGAAUGUGUUGGGUAAGCUCAGACCAACUUCACCAGUAGAACUUUCGAUCUCCCGUUGCCGAAUUCACAAUGUUAUCAGUCUAAAGUUUAAAAUCAGUUUAAAAACAAAUCUCAAGAUACCUGCAUUUUGUUCCAUUUCAUCAUGUUUCCAUCAACCCUUCUUUAAAUGCAAGAAUGUGUACUGUGUGAAUGGCCCCUAAGACAGUCAAUGAGGCAUAUUUUGAUUUCAGUCUAACUUUAAGCUAUUUUCUUUGUGGACUAGUGGAUAUUCUGUCUCUGAUGAGCGGCUUUUCUUCAAAUCUAACGCACUGUUAAAUGUUCUGUGUGAAAUAUCCGGUGUUAUAAAGGUAGCAUUCUCUAUCUCAGUAUCAGUAAUAUGUAUCAACUACCUCUGUGUCUGUACAGUUAAUGUAACAUAAAUAUCAUAGCAAGAAUAUACAGUAUAACAUAUAAAAUAAUUGCAUACAAUCUGAAUGUAUCGACAACGUCCGUGUGUCCAUUCUCUUCUAUGUAAAGAUCAGUCCUGAAUCCUGUCCCUUUGUUUGGAGAAUUUGUGCAUAGAAACGUAUCUGUCAUAUGUAUUCAGAUAGAAGAGGACCCAACAGAACCCAGUCUAUACUGUACUACAAUCUAUAUGUGAUAUAAGCUUUGAGUGUUUGAACAUAAUUAAUUAAUGGUUAUUGCUGCUAUACCAUCUGUGCCCAAUUCUCCUGUGUGUGAAAGUGUGUAAAAUAUUUGUUACAGAGAGACAUAUCUUACUCUGCUUUAUGUCUACAGUGUGUAUAAGUGCAAACAUAGGUCUGAACACAUACAUACAGUAUAAUACGAUCACAACAGCCAUAAAGCAAUGUGCUAUAUAUUAAUAUAAAUAAAGUGAAAUGUCUUAUUUUUGGGAAAGAUUUGUGAUGAUUUGGUUAUUCUUAAGAUAAGAUCAGCUUCUGUGACUUAAUAUCAAUAGUAAUAUGAUAUGGUUAUAUGGUCCAUAUUUUUGGGCAUAUCACCAAUGUUCACCAUGAUUUUUGAUCCACCAUGUGGGGGGUGCAUCUCACGAAAACAUAUUCAGAUCCCAUUCUAUCCCAACAUCAAGGUCAUAUAUAUAUAUUUUUUUAUUUGU